AUGAUGCGUGAUCGUGGAGCAAAGUACACGCUUAUGACUGAGGAUUAUGCGCCCAACGUGUCAAAUGUGACACGUGAGUAUGCACCAAAACGAGUAGUUUUUCUUGCUGGUAUUGCGCUGUGUGGAAUUGCAGUUGCUGGCAUGCUUGUAACAUUCUCAGUGCGAAGUGGUGUCACUUUCCCUGAGAUUCAAAAGAAUGUCGUUUAUUUUGACGAUAAAGAUACAAAACCAGAUGAAGAGGGAGAGAAAUUUCAGUUAAAAGCAUAUCCUUCAUUGAUUGAAGAUGGCGGUGAUCUUGUGAUCUCUUGGGAAGGAAAAACAACUUCUCCUCUCACCUCUCAAGAUUACGUGACAUUGAGUUGUGGUCCAACAACGGGAGAUGACGAUUUUCUUAAGAAAAAAAGCUUAAAAGAGACUGAUGCAAACGACCAUUCGAUUCGCUUUUCUGAUCUCUACAUGCUACGAUGUAACUACACCGCCGUGUACUUCAAUUUCGACACGAAAACGGACAAAUUUAAGCCUAUUGCAAAGGUGGAAGUGGGCAUGAAAGAGCGAUUCGAGACACCAAAGCAUGGUCAUUUAAGUCUUACUGAUGAUGACUCAGCUAUGGCAAUAAUGUUUAACUCAGGCUCAUCGAAAACUCCUAUGGUGAAAUAUGGUGAGAAUGCUCAGGAUCUUAAGUUCCAUGCUACAGGAACGACAACAACUUACGGUGCUGAUGACUUAUGUCAUGCUCCGGCCAAUGUUCUUGGACAGAAAUCCUUCCGCGACCCUGGUUAUAUGCACACAGUGAUCAUGACAGAUCUAAAACCGGGAACUUACUAUUACUACCAAUACGGUCACGAAGAAGAGCACGCGUGGAGCCAUGUGCGUCGGUUCAAAUCAAAGCCUUUAGAGAGUGACAAGUACGCAAAAUUUAUCGCGUAUGCCGACAUGGGGGCGUACGUCGAGCCUGGCUCAGCAUCAACAGCUGGAAGAGUAUACGCUGAUGUGAUGGAAGGAGAAUAUGAGUCUUUUUUGUUGCACUUUGGUGAUAUCAGCUAUGCGCGAUCAGUUGGAUACAUCUGGGAUCAUUUUUUUCACUUGAUUGAACCAUACGCGACCAGGCUGCCAUACAUGGUAAGUGUUGGAAAUCAUGAAUACGACUACAACCGAGGUGGAGAGCAUGAUUUAAGCGGUGGCAUGCUGCCAUACGGAGGAAGCUUUAAUCCGUCUUGGGGUAAUUACGGUAUUGAUUCGGCAGGAGAGUGCGGAGUACCAAUGCAUUACCGUUGGCAUGUCCCAAAGACAGGGAAUUGGAUCUAUUGGUACUCUUUUAAUUACGGUGGCAUCCAUGUCAUUCAAAUGUCAACUGAACACAAUUGGACUCGAGGAUCGGAGCAAUAUAAUUGGUUACAGCAUGAUCUGGAACAAGUCGAUCGCAAUGUCACUCCCUGGGUAGUGCUGACUGCUCAUCGUAUGAUGUAUACGACCCAGAUGAACAUUGAAGCUGACAUGAAAGUUUCCUUUAAGUUUCAAGAGGAAGUUGAGGAUCUGAUCUAUACGCACCGUGUCAAUUUGAUGAUGGUGGGUCAUGAACAUGCCUACGAGCGUAGCUGCCCACUCUACCGUAAAGAGUGCGUUCCUGAUGGAAAAGGUACAGUGCAUAUCGUCGUGGGCUCGGCUGGUUUUCCUCUGGGUACGCAAGACUUUUCAUCAAAAUACGGAAAUUGGAGUCUUCGCCAUGUCAACGACUACGGAUACCUUCGUAUUGCCUCAAGCCCGGAAGACAUGAACGUACAGUUUGUGCUCAAUAAGAAUGGCGAUAUUUACGACGAGUUCACCAUCACGCCAGAUGGAACAGUGUCGACGAAAAAGCCAUGCAAGCUCACACCAUUAGAGAAGAAAGAACGAGAUCGUCUUCGCAUGAAAGAGCAGUCUCAGCGUCGCAGAGAGUUGAUUAAAAAUCAAUAUGAACUAGCAGAACAAUUUCAAAAAGAAACAAUUUCAAGUCGCGCUUGGUAUCAGCAGCAAAGACUGGAUGAAGUGCUUGGUUAUCGAUUAAUGGAGCGUGAUGUCGUUGAACCUCAUCGGUCUCAUCCUGCUGCUGCAGGUUAUCACUUUCAUGAUUCAGUGCGAAAAUUCACAGCAAAGUUGAGCUCACCGGUAUUUCUAUCAUAUUCACAUGCACUCUGUCCUCCAACUCAGGCUCCAAGACUUUUGAAGCUUCAAGGGAUUACAGAGUUCUCUAUAGAAGCAGAAUUUCUUCAUCCAGCAUGCCACGGAUAUAUAAUGGCGAAAUGUGACGAUUGUACUUCCAUCUCGCCCGUCUUCUUUUUUACUAGCUUUAACAAAAUAUCUUUGGAUGAUGACGGGGUCAUUGACAAGUCUGAAUAUGAGGAUUUCAAUACUCUCAGAGCUACGAAGUUUCAUCAACAAGAUAAGGAACGACAAGAUGAAGCUUCAAUGGCCGCGAACAAGCGUGUUCUCAAUCCCUUGAUUACUAAUGGUAUUAACCAUGAACCUGGUUGUCCAACAUGCAAGGAAACAACCAUAUCAGUAGGAUGUCCAGGAUGUGUUUCCAUUCUUCGAAAAACACAACAUAAAUUCGAAUCCACUCAACGAAUCAAGAAGAUAGAAGACGUGCAUCACGAAGAAAAGGACAAACGUGCUCGACACAAAGCCUUGCAAAGGGAAGUUAGUGUUAUGCCAUUGCAACCACAAAAUGGGAGUUCGAAGAAUGAUUUUAAUCUUUUCUCGACCAUUCCUUUCAAUUGUCAAGCGACGAAAACGCCGUCUAAAAAUCUUAUCAUGCUUUCCAUUAAAAGCCUACCAAUUGGUCAGCUGCUAUCCUUUCGGGUGAACUCUAAAAUUUCAGUGUCGUGUUUGUAUGAGCUUUAUCGUGCGAAAAGUGACACAUUGAAUCGAUCUUUACAUCUUUUGCUGCCGACCACACGCGGUCUCUUUUAUCUCGAUGAACGUAUUGCACCUGCUACAGAUACACGAAAUGGAGUUGAUAAUGGAAAUUUUCUUCUUGAAGACUUCAACUUAACGCCUUCUAAUGACAGCAAGGGUGUUGAUUCUAGUUACAUGAAUAGCGAGUAUUUGCUAUUUGCGGUGACAACUUUACAUUCGAAAAGCACGCCGCAACUCAUCUUUAGUUAUGUGCAGCUUAACUUUAUCAUUAAAGUACCAGAAUACGAGACUGGUGAUCCAUUAGUGAUAUCAACCGAUGGUAGAGAUGAUAGUGAUUUACCUCAAUGGACUCGAAUCGUUUUUGCUACGUGCCUAUUACCCAAAGCCGUGGAUCUCGACCCUUUUCAAGUGCAAAUUCGACCGUUUAUCAGAGCUAUGGACCUAGUCACACAAAGAAAUGGAUUUGUUAUUGCAGCAGAACAACGUGAAGAGCGUGAGCGCCUAUUACUUCUUACCCACGAAGAAGCUAAGGCAGUCAAGCUGACACUAAAGAAGCAGCAGCGAAAUCGACAAAUGCUUUCAGUCUCAAAGAAGAAUCGACGAGCGUUGGAAAAGGCUACGGCGGAAUACUCAAAAAGUAUCAAGUAUUUUAAAAUCUACCGUUGGAAUCCUGAAAAGACGAAGAAACCAUACGAGUUGACGUAUCCGGUAGAUGUAAAAGAGUGUGGACCAAUGGUACUUGAUGCUCUUCUUAAGAUAAAGAAUGAACAAGACACGACGCUGACUUUUCGACGAUCAUGCCGUGAAGCUAUCUGUGGCUCGUGUGCGAUGAACAUUGAUGGCGAAAAUGCACUUGCAUGUCCACAGAAUCAACUAAUAUACAUGGCGGCUCGCUUUCUCAACCGUGUUGCCGGCGUUGGCGCCACCGUCGGCUUUGGCAGUUUUUGCUUUCAAGAGUGCAUAUAUGACGUGGACUGCGGUCAUCGUGCAGUGAUCUUCGACCGCAAAGACGGUAUUUUGGCAAAGUCUGUUGGCGAAGGCACACAUUUUAAAAUCCCUUUUUUUCAAUACCCGACAAUUUUGGACGUACGUUCGAAUUACCGCCUCAUCAGCUCACGCACAGGCACUAAGGAUUUACAAAAUGUCAACAUCUCGCUCCGUUGCUUGUAUCGACCAAAUGCUGAUAAGCUUUCGCACAUCUAUGCCGAAUAUGGUGCCGAUUACGCUGACCGUAUCUUGCCGUCUGUGGGCAAUGAAGUGCUGAAGUCUAUUGUGGCUCAAUACGAUGCCGUGGAGCUACUAGCUCGUCGUAACCAGGUGUCGCAGCAAAUUGCGAAGGAGAUGAACGAUCGCUGUCGUAAUUUCUUUCUGUUACUAGAUGAUGUGUCGAUUACUCACCUCGAGUACGGCCCUGAGUUCACACGCGCUGUUGAGCAGAAGCAAGUGGCUCAACAGGACGCUGAGCGCCAGAAAUUUGUGGUCAUGCGAUCUGAACAAGAGCGUCAGGCUGCGGUUAUCAAAGCCGAGGGUGAAUCUGAAGCUGCUCGGCUUGUAUCUGAUGCCGUUUCUAAAAGCGGCUCUGGUUUUAUCGAAGUGCAGCGUAUUGAUGCCGCUCGCGAGAUUGCCGAGACACUUGCCAAAUCUCGCAAUGUAACGUACCUGCCAAACCAAGACGGUGGCAAUGGAGGCGUGUUGCUUGGUCUGCAGUAG